AUGCGGCUAGUGCCGACUUUCUGCCACCCUUGGCCACUGGCGCAAGCGCAACAACCCAAGGCUCCAGCGGGUGAGGAAACGAAUAGCGACCAAUCAAAUAUGUCGCCGGAAGAGGAGCGCCAGACCGCCCUGAACUCGUACCGAGCCAAGCUCAUCGAGUCCCGCGAGUGGGAGGCCAAGCUCAAGAACCUGCGACUAGAGAUCAAGGGCCUGCAAAAAGAAUUCGACCGCACAGAGGAUAACAUCAAGGCGUUGCAGAGUGUCGGGCAAAUUAUCGGCGAGGUGCUGAAGCAGCUCGAUGAAGAACGAUGUAAGCAGCAUCUACUGCUGGGCCUGCGCGACGGCCCACGCGCCGUCACCGCUAGCAACGCCGUGCGAUGGCUUAUCGUCAAGGCGUCGUCUGGUCCUCGCUACGUGGUCGGCUGCCGGUCAAAGGUCGACAAGGCCAAGAUGAAGCAAGGCACCCGUGUAGCGCUCGACAUGACGACCCUCACAAUCAUGCGCAUGCUGCCACGCGAAGUCGACCCCCUCGUAUACAAUAUGUCCCUCGAAGACCCCGGCCAGGUCAGCUUUGCUGGUAUCGGUGGUCUAAACGACCAGAUUCGUGAGCUGAGAGAGGUUAUCGAGCUGCCGCUGAAAAACCCGGAGCUUUUCCUGCGUGUCGGUAUUAAGCCGCCCAAGGGUGUCUUGCUCUACGGACCGCCAGGAACCGGCAAGACUUUGCUAGCGCGAGCUGUUGCCUGCAGCCUGGAGACAAACUUCCUGAAGGUGGUCUCCUCCGCCAUCGUCGACAAGUACAUCGGCGAAUCUGCGCGACUGAUUCGCGAAAUGUUUGGCUACGCCAAAGAACAUGAGCCCUGCAUCAUCUUCAUGGACGAAAUCGAUGCCAUCGGUGGACGACGAUUCUCCGAAGGCACUAGUGCGGAUCGAGAAAUCCAAAGAACUCUGAUGGAGCUGCUCAACCAGCUGGACGGUUUCGACUAUCUGGGAAAGACCAAAAUUAUCAUGGCCACCAACAGACCAGACACCCUGGACCCUGCACUGCUACGUGCCGGUCGUCUGGACCGCAAGCUUGAGAUCCCCCUCCCCAACGAGGUGGGCCGACUCGAGAUUCUCAAGAUUCACGCGGCGGGUGUUUGUCUUGAUGGCGAUAUUGACUUUGAGAGCGUCGUUAAAAUGAGCGAUGGUCUGAACGGUGCCGACUUGAGAAACGUGGUGACAGAAGCUGGUCUCUUUGCUAUCAAGGAUUACCGCGACUCUAUUAACCAGGACGAUUUCAACAAGGCCGUGCGCAAGUUGGCCGAGGCGAAGAAGUUGGAGGGCAAGUUGGACUACCAGAAGCUGUAA